AUGCAUGCAUUGCGUAUAUCGACAAUGUUGGAGCUGCGAUGUUUUACACUUCGUGCUUUGGUCUCUGCUUCCGAUUUUGUCAAUAUCCCAAAAGCCCGUAAGACCCACUGUGUCAAGUGCAACAAGCACACCCAACACAAGGUAACCCAAUACAAGGCCGGUAAACCAUCCUUGAUGGCCCAAGGUAAGAGACGUUACGAUCGUAAGCAAAAGGGUUUCGGUGGUCAAAAGAAGCCAGUCUUCCACAAGAAGGCCAAGACCACCAAGAAGAUCGUCCUCCGUAUGGAAUGUGGUUGCGGUAGAAAGAAGCAAACCGUCCUCAAGCGUUGCAAGCGUUUCGAACUCGGUGGAGAGAAGAAGAAGAAGGGUGAAGCCAUGAAGAUGUAA